AUGCUGUCUGGAAGUGAUGCCGAGACUACGCAGUCAUACACACCUCCACCGCCGUCUGGCCGGACGGCAGCAGACCCAGAAACCUCGGUUGUGGAGAAGAUGCUCUGUGCUGUUGGAGGCAGCAUUCUUACAUCCUUCCUCAUAACACCUCUGGAUGUCGUUCGGGUACGAUUACAAGCCCAACAAAGUCCGUCUCCCUCCGUGCGACUGCCCUCCUUUGUACAAUUGCCUCCCAAUCUCGGUGUCACUGCCUGUUGUCGAGAAGUCUUCUGGGUCCAAAAUCAAUCACAGUUCUGUGUUGCUGCACCGCCCGAAGCCGCAGUCAUGAAUUUAGACAAGGUGGUCUCUGACUGUGCUGCAGAAGAGACACAACGCAAGACUAUCAACUCUACCUUCGAUGGCUUGAGGAAGAUUGCGAGAAAUGAAGGCAUAUGGACACUUUGGCGAGGCCUCAGUCCGACUCUGCUCAUGUCUAUCCCCGCCAAUGUUAUCUACUUUGCCGGAUACGACUGGCUGAGGUGGAGUCCGAAGAGCCCUAUGGUCGGUCAAGUGAGCGAUUCUUACGCUCCACUUGUCGCUGGCACUGUUGCUCGAAUUCUGGCUGGUUUUGGCGUGAGUCCAAUUGAGAUGCUGCGAACACGAAUGCAAGCUUCGUCAGGUAAAGAGCACGGGCGUGGUAUUAUGCGAUCUACAAUUGACGGCAUGAGGGAUAUGGUUGCGCAACAAGGAGUUCAGUCGUUGUGGCGCGGGCUCAGUCUGACGAUGUGGAGAGAUGUGCCUUUCUCUGCCAUGUAUUGGUGGGGAUACGAGUAUGGCCGACAGCGACUGGACAAGAUGCGCCUGCAUAGUGGAGAGAUUGUUGGAAGGCCCCAAAACGACCAGCUGAAUCACUGGGAACUCCUCACUGAUUCUUUCAUCGCUGGAGCCGGUUCUGGUGCUAUUGCUGCAUUUGUCACAACACCGUUCGACGUUGGCAAGACCAGACAGCAGACCGUCAUCAACUCGAACAUGUCGCUGGAAAAAAGAAAAGCAUUGCCAGAAGGCAAGAUCAUGCCGCGCUUCCUGUGGCACAUCUACCAGCACGAAGGCUGGAAUGGCUUAAUGAAAGGUUGGGCCGCGCGUACGCUGAAGGUCGCACCUGCUUGCGCAAUCAUGAUCUCAAGUUACGAAGUCGGCAAGAAGAUGUCGUUGCGGAUGAAAGAAAAGCGCGACCACAAGAAGGAUUUGGAGUAAUGACUACAGCUGAGCAGGGUUUUGCUAAGCGUUCAGGCAUUUGCGGCGUUUUGUAUAGAGAAUUGGAAACAGCAGCCGACUGAUUCCACUCAACUGAUACCCGAUGUAAAAAUAAUGUAAGAACAAAACGGAAAGCAUCAUGGUGGCAUAACUUCAAUAUAAAGCAUAAUAACAAACUUCGAACCGUUCGUGCAGAC